AUGAAGAUUUUCCUUCACAAGGAGAGCAGAGAAAGCCGCCAAGUACAGAGAGAAAUCCCAGGACUAUCAUCAACUGGGAUCUCUACGCUAGCCGGCUUUAGGGAAGAUUCUGCAAUGGACAACAUCGAGGAGGAAUAUGACCGGCUCGUUAAACACCUUCACGACGGCGCGAAGAAGGCUGAGAAUUUUAAGACCACCAAGAGACGCCUGUUUCUUGAAACUCUUGAGCUGAUACGUAAGCGUGGAGCAGCACGAGCCGCAGGGAACCAAGAGUUCACGUCCGAGCUCGCAAGGCUUUGCAGAGAAGCGAUAAAGGAAGACCUUAAAGAGAGAAGAGCAGAAGUGCUGGCUGAAGCCGCAGAGGCGGGGAAAAGCAUCAGCUACAUCGCCAGAUCGAGUACUCUGGUACUCUGGUCUACUCUGAUCUCUUCGACAGCCAUGUCCACUUGCCUCCUCACCAUCUGA